AAUAUUUGCAUAACAUCCCAGAUAACAUCUCUGACGGUAACAAUUAGCAUGGAAUUGUGUUACAGCACGGUCCGAGUUGAGAGCCGAACCAAAUAAACAUGGCGGACUCCUCGCGCACAGAAGAGUGUGAAAUAUUUACUGUUAAAGAAAUGGACACUCAAAUGGAAGAACGUGUGAGUAAUGAGAAUGGUGAUGAAUGUAACAAGGAAGAAGACGUGACUAACACUCAAACAGAGGACCCUUUCAAAAAACCUGCUCUAUUUGCCGCGCCUUCGCUCGUGAGUAAACGAGGUCUUGUCGCGAGCAGAGCAGCAAGAAAGCCUACACAUGAAGAAAAUGGCGACAAAGAACUACAACCAUCUACUUCUGAUAGUAGUGAGACAUCUGCAGAUGAGCAAACCACCCCUUUCACGUCGGAUAAUGACAACACAACGUCACGGAAAGGUGUAGAGAGCGAAAAUUAUUCCGAAAAAGACCAGACUAGUGACGUCCAACCCCCACCAAGAUUUCCUGUCAAAGGAACACCUAUUGGCAAAUUUAAACCCCACCCUCCUGUUCCAUAUGCCGAACCUCCUUGGGCAGGAGUGGCAGAUGUCCCAUAUUCCCUAGAAAUCCUCAAGAAUGGCACUAUAGUUGAUACGGUCCCACUCACCCAGCAGAGUUAUUUUGUGGUCGGACGUUUACCUGUGUGUGACGUAUCCCUGGAACACCCCUCAAUCUCCAGGUAUCACGCUGUCAUUCAAUACCGUGGGCUGGCAGGAGAGGAGGAGGCAGUUGGAGAGGCAAGAGGGUUCUAUGUCCAUGACCUGGGCAGCACACAUGGUACCUUCGUCAACAAGAACAAGAUACCACCGAAUACCUACAUCAGAGUACGGGUUGGGCACGUACUCAAAUUCGGGGGAAGCACUAGACUUUUCAUCAUGCAGGGUCCAGAGUUUGACGAAGAGGCGGAGUCAGACCUGACUGUCACAGAGCUGCGGGAGCGAGCCAGGAAGCAGCGGGAGGACCUGGAGAGGAGGAUGAUGGGAGAAGGCUCGGAUGAGGAGGAAAAGGAAGAGGGGAAAGAAAGCAGUGGCAUCCAGGGAAAGAGUUUAAACAAUGAUUCGGGCUGUUCCUGGGGAAUAGCUGAUGAAGCAGCCCCCGAAGAGGAUGAGAACGAGGAGAACCCCUUCUCCACAGAGUUCCAGGAGGACCAAGAGGCUGCUUACCUGAAGGACCCUAAGAAAGCACUGCAGGGCUUCUUUGACAGAGAAGGGGAAGAGCUUGAGUUUGAGUAUGAAGACAAAAGCCACGGUACCUGGCUCUGCAGAGUAAAGCUCCCAGUGGAUGACGCUUCGGGGAAGCAGCUGGUCGCUGAGGUGACCCACACAGGGAAGAAGAAAGAUGCGGCCAUCCAGUCUUCCCUGGAGGCGUGUCGAAUCCUGGAGGCCCGGGGCCUGCUCAGGCAGGAGGCAGUUUCCCGCAAGCGCAAGAAGAAGAACUGGGAGGACGAGGAUUUCUAUGACAGUGACGAUGAUAACUUUCUGGACCGCACCGGUGCUGUGGAGAAGAAGAGACAGGAGCGCAUGAAGAAGGCGGGAAAGAUUCAGGAGCGCCCGGACACUUACGAGUCACUGGUGGCCAAACUGUUGGUGGUUGAGAAGGCUCUGUCAGAGACAGAGAAGAAGCUCAGUGCUACAGGGAGAGACGGCUCUCACUCAUCCUCUGAGGACCCGCUGGAUGCCUUCAUGGUCGCCGUGCGCAGCGAGGCGUCACUGGACGGAGUGGAGCGCCGUAAGCUGCACGUGCACACCGCCGACCUGCGUAAGGAGGCACAGAGACUGCGCCGGCUGGUGGAGCUCACGCGGCCAGCCCAGAUGCCUUCACUGCAGACGGGGUCUAUGAGUGGGUCGUCCGACGUAGACAAGCCUAAGAAGCGGUCCCUACCGCUGUUUGGUGCCAUGAAGGGAGGCGCCAAGUUCAAACUGAAGACUGGGACCAUAGGGAAGUUGCCCCCAAAGCGAGCCAAUCUGCCCGCAGAACUCUUCAACAUGAAAGGAGAGGAAGAGGAGGAGGAAGAAGAGGAGGAGGAGGAUGACAACAACAAAGGGAGUGAAGACUUGACUGAGGCUGACAUCCAGGCUGAGGAACCCCAACAGUCCAAUGAAAGCACUGAUUCCACAGAGGGCUGCAGUACAGGAUGCCAGAGGCAGGACCCACCUCUGUCCCAACCCCCCAGAGGGAAAAAGCUGUCCCAGAGAAGUAUAGAUGUAGAGGAGCCUGAGGAAACCAUGGAAGAUGCGCCUCUCGGCCGUUUAAAGCCCUUUUCAGACCCUAAAGAAGGGGGCAAGGAGGCGGCAGCUGCCAAGCCCAGUCCGAGGACGUUCUUGAAAAAAAGAACCACCGGCCCCAACAGACCUCCAGCCGCCCAAUCAGGACAGUACCCUGAGGAUGACCCAGACUAUUGUGUCUGGGUGCCCCCCACAGGUCAGUCUGGGGAUGGCCGCACCCACCUCAAUGAAAAGUAUGGCUACUGAACACACGGCUCAACUUUUUGACCCUUUUUUUUUCUCGACUCCACCCACCUGCGGACUUAGCAGCAACACACACACACACAGGCCUCCAUCCACUCGGUAUCUAUUUGUGUUCUAUGACACUCCUGCGUAAGGGAUAUUGCAUGCAACAUACACUACCAUUCAAAAGUUUAGGGUCACUUAGAAAUGUCCUUGUUUUUGAAAGAAAAGCACUUUUU